GGCAGCUUGCGCUACCUCGGAGAAGUUGCCCGAUUUGAAGCGCAACGGCUUCAAAGCACCCUGACGACUUCAGAAGUCUUCGGUUUUCAGGCUAGUCCGGCAAAGCAACCGGUUUCAACUUACACGCUUUUAGCGCAUGAUAAACCUUUCCGAGUUGACCCCUUACAUCCUGUGUUCCAUCUGCAAAGGUUACUUUAUUGAUGCUACAACCAUUACAGAAUGUCUGCACACCUUCUGUAAAAGCUGCAUAGUGAGACACUUCUACUAUAGCAACAGAUGUCCAAAAUGUAAUAUUGUCGUACAUCAGACGCAGCCCCUUUAUAACAUCAGACUGGACCGGCAAUUGCAAGACAUAGUGUAUAAAUUAGUUGUCAACUUGGAGGAAAGAGAGAAAAAACAAAUGCAUGACUUCUAUAAAGAAAGAGGAUUAGAAGUUCCCAAACCAGCUGUCCCCCAGCCAGUUCCAGUGAGCAGAGGAAGACCUCGAAAAGUUCUGGGCUCUGUGUUCCGGAUCCCACCAGAACUCGAUAUUUCGAUACUUCUGGAGUUCAUUGGAGCUAACGAAGGCACAGGGAAUUUUAAGCCUUUGGAAAAGAAGUUUGUGCGUGUUUCAGGGGAGGCAACCGUUGGACAUGUGGAGAAAUUUCUCAGAAGAAAAAUGGAUCUGGAUCCUGCUUGUCAGGUAGACAUAAUCUGUGGUGAUCACCUGCUAGAACACUAUCAGACACUGAGGGAAAUUCGUCGAGCCAUAGGAGAGAAUGCAAUACAGGAUGGUUUGCUUGUACUGCACUAUGGCCUUGUGGUAGCUCCGCUACCAGUAACUUAAAGAUUGCUAGAAUAUCAGAUGAUGAAACAAUCCGAAGUCAUCGAGCUUCAUCAGUGCUGUCUCUCACCAAAGAAGGGCAUCUUAUUUCCUGUGGCAGGAAGCAAGUAAAACAAACCACCACUAACUGCUGUAUACUUGUAAUUUGACAUCUGACUUUACCACUGUAAAAAUUACAGCUUCUGUAAGUACAGCUAUAGAUGUUGCUACGCUUAGUAUUACAAAUGACUGUCUCCAAAUUUCACUCAGCUCAGGGAACUUAAAUGCUCAGACUUGCUGCAUUUUUUUUUAAUACUUUGUAAAACCCCAGGAUCUCACAGCGUUAACUGCCUUUUUCCUCUAAACUAUGAGAUAUUGCAUAUUUUUGAAGUGUGUAGCUGGAACGGUGCUCUCAGGGAUGAUCCUCAGUCAGCAGUAUAGUGUAUUCUGGGAAGGAGACAGUCAUCUCCCUAAAAGGAGUGUUCUGUGAUUGUCUGUCUUCAGAUGUGAUUUGGGGAGAAGAGGGAAUUUUCCAAAUUCAGACCAAAAUAGGUAGAAAAUGACAUAUCGCAAGCAUUGUUUUUCAGACGUAGCAUUAAAUUUAGUUGUUUUUCUUCAAGAAAGACAAUUUUGUUUGCACUGGAAAUGUAUUUGGUGGUAGUUUGGCUUAUACCAAAUGGUGGAUCAUGUGUCUCUAGUCUUAAUGGAGAUGAGCCAGCUGGUUGAACUAUGCAUGUUUAAAAAAAAAAAAGAAAAAAGAAAAAAG